AUGGCUUUUGUUCAUUUUGUUAAAUCGUCUUCAUCUAGCAAAAACUAUGCAAUUGAAGUUUCAGUAAUUAAUUGCGGAGAAAAUGAAGGUAAAGGAAGUGGAACAUUAGGAAUUGGGAGUGGUGAUAUCCAUUUUGAUAAGAACAACAUCACAAACAACAAAUGUAGACUAUAUUCAUCAAUUCAUAUUCAACUUGAUGGAAGUUCAGGAACAUAUAAUUUCUCAAAUUUCAGAGAAAACAAUCAAACCGGAAGUAUAUCACUUUAUUUUCACUAUCUGACAAGAAAACAAACACAUACAGUUUCUUAUUGCAAUGUUAUUGAAAAUAAAUGUGGAACAGAUAAUGAGCAAGUUCUAUUUUAUAUUUUAUGCACAACAAAUGUUGAUCACUGCAUAUUUUUAAAUAACAUUGCAAAGUACAUGUUUCAAAAAUAUGCAAUAGAUUCAACUUUGACUAUUUCAGAAUCAUAUGUUCAAUCAAAUUCAACAACAGGACCAGAAUCAGUUAUAUUUAAUAAUCUAAGAGAUAAUUACGAUUUCAAUAAUAAUUUUUCACAUUUUCACACAGAAAAUUGUUUCAUAUAUCCAAAAGUAAUCUCAAAUAAAUUAUGUUAUCUUUCUAAAUUUGCAAAAACAGCCUCAACUGGAUUAUUUUCAUCAAAAAGAAAAUAA